GGCCCGCGCCCUGCCUCGCCGGUCAGUCGCACCCUCCAGGACCGGACAGUUCGGGCAGCGCGGGUGUUCCUCCCAGGAGUGCGAGGGACUUGCUGCUCGCGGCCUCUGGGGGUCAGCGUCCAGGCAGGCGGCGAUGAUCCUCGAGGAGAGGCCAGAUGACCCGGGCGCCAGCGAGGACAGCGACCGGCUGCAGGAGGACAGCAGCAACCCUAAGGGCUAUGACUCCUUGAUGCAGAACCAGCCUGGCCAGCUGCAGAGCCACAGGGCUCGGCUCCACCAGCAGAUCAGCAAGGAGCUGCGAAUGCGGACGGGUGCCGAGAACCUCUACAGAGCCACCAGCAACACCUGGGUCCGAGAGACAGUCGCCUUGGAGCUGAGCUAUGUCAACUCCAACCUGCAGCUGCUGAAAGAGGAGCUGGCAGAGCUGGGCAGCAGUGCGGAUGUGGAGCAGCCGGAGGGUGAAAGUGUUACUAUUCCCAUGAUCCCCCUGGGCCUGAAGGAAACCAAGGAGUUGGACUGGGCCACACCCCUGAAGGAGCUGAUCUCUGAGCACUUUGGAGAGGAUGGUACCUCCUAUGAGACAGAGAUCCAGGAACUAGAGGACCUACGGCAGGCCACGAGGACUCCCAGCAGGGACGAGGUCGGCCUGGAUCUGCUUGCUGCCUACUAUAGCCAGCUCUGUUUCCUGGAUGCCCGUUUCUUUAGCCCUGCCAGGAGUCCAAGGCUGCUCUUCCACUGGUACGACUCGCUCACGGGGGUCCCGGCACAGCAGCGGGCUCUGGCCUUCGAGAAGGGCAGUAUACUGUUUAACAUCGGGGCACUCCACACGCAGAUUGGAGCGCGGCAGGACUGCUCCUGCACCGAGGGCGCCAGCCAUGCCGCUGAGGCUUUCCAGAGGGCUGCUGGGGCUUUCAGACUCCUGAGGGAGAACUUCUCCCACGCACCAAGCGCAGACAUGAGCACCGCAUCUCUCUCCAUGCUGGAGCAGCUCAUGGUUGCCCAGGCACAAGAGUGCAUCUUCAAGGGCCUUCUGCUGCUGGCCUCUGACACACCCGACAGCUGUCCAGCUCAGCUGCAGUUGGCUCAGGAAGCUGCCCAGGUGGCAGCUGAAUAUGGGCUCGUGCACCAGGUCAUGGCCCAGCCACCUGUCCGAGACCACCUGCCCGCCUCUUGGACCAACCUGGCACAUGUCAAGGCUGAGCACUUCAGUGCCCUGGCCCACUACCACACAGCCAUGGCCCUCUGCGAAGGCUCCUCAGCUGACAAGGGAGAGCUCCCAGGGCAGGAACACGUCUUCCAGCCCUCAGCUACCUGUGAGCCCCAAGGUCCCACACUGCCGCAGCAUCCGGAAGAGCGCAGGAAGCUUGCGAAGGCCCACCUGAAGCGUGCCAUCCUGGGCCAGGAGGAGGCGUUGCGGCUUCACACUCUGUGCCGAGUCCUGCGGAAGGUAGACCUGCUACAGGUUGUGGUAACUCAGGCACUGCGGCACUCGCUGGCCAAAUACUCAGAGCUCGAGCGUGAGGAUGACUUCUUCGAGGCUGUGGAGGCCCCCGACAUCCAGCCCAAGACCCACCACGCACCAGAGGUGAAAAUGCCGAGCCUGUCCCAGGUGAAGGUGACUGACCUCUUCCAUCGACUGGGACCCCUGUCUGUGUUCUCAACCAAGAAUCGGUGGCAGCUGGUAGGGCCAGUGCGCAUGACCCGAGGAGAGGGUGGCUUUGGUUUCACACUGCGGGGAGACUCACCUGUCCUGAUCGCUGCUGUUGUUCCCGGGAGUCAGGCUGAGUCCGCUGGCCUGAAGGAGGGCGACUACAUCGUGUCUGUGAAUGGGCGCCCUUGCAAGUGGUGGAAACACGUGGAGGUGGUGGCGCAGCUGAGGGGCAUGGGCGAGGACGGCGUGAGCCUGCAGGUCGUGUCCCUGCUGCCUAGCCCUGAGCCACGUAGCACGGGACCCCGACGACCAGCACUGCUGUGGAGUCAGAGAGAGUGUGGCUUCGAGACGCCGAUGCCUGCCCGUGCCCGCCCCUGGCCCAUCCUUGCCUGGAGCCGCAAGAACAAACAAAGCAAGACUGGGAGUCAACCUGACCCCUGCACGAACAGGAACUGUGUCACCUGUCCCUGAGCUGGGCACCCUGGACCCCUGCGUGCCCCAGGUGGCUGUGGAGGCCAUCUUGCUGUGUACAACACCCUGUAACCAGCUCCAGCUAGCCAGGUGUACCUAGUGCGUCCUGCCCUCUGCACCAGGGGACCAACAGGUGCCCCCUCCCGGCUUGCUUAGAACUAGAGAUGUCUAUUAAAAAUGUCGAUCAGAUGAGAGGAGGCUGAGACCAUGGCCUCUUUACCCGCACCAGGGAUGCCCCAGUCUCUCCAGUGCUCCCACGGCUGCCCUCUGCAGAGGGCAGCAGGGCUGGUGCUGUUCCGCCCAAGCCUCUUGGCCCCUGCCAUGCCCCAUCUACUCUGCUGCUGCAUUGGCUCUAUCCUCAGAUCCAGUUGCUCUGGGAAUGUCCCCUCAGAUAUGUCUUCUUACCCUGAAGAGCAGGCCUGCUGCAUAGCGGCCCCACCAGUCACCUCGCUGGCCUCCCUUCCCUUGCCGGUCUCUCUCCGUAUGAGGUCCCAGCGAAGGCAUUUUAUCUGCAGCCUCCUUAUAGUGCCCCAGCUUUCAGAGUCUGACCUUUUGCCCAGGAAACAAGUAUUCUGGCCACCCGGCUGCCCAGUUCCAGCUGCUCCCAUGCAGGCCUGGGCAGGUCUCUUAGAAGAGUGGGCUCAGGACCUGAACUCCAAAGGGACAGGAUGGGGGCACCAUGUGGGAAGCAACCCUAAACUGUGUACGGCAAAACCAUGGAGAUGCUCUUCCUCAAAGGCCGUGGAAGGUUUAGGAUAGGAACAGAAAGACUGCCCAAGGCGCAUGAAACCCUGGGCUCAAUCCCCAGAACUAGAACAAAAAAAAAACAGAUGGGGAACUUGUUCCCAGGGACCACCAGGGGGCAGCGGUUGCCCACUCAUGCAGCCCUAGUAGGCUACAGCUCAUCCAAGCCCCUUGAAUCUGAGGAAGGCCCAGAAAAGAGAGGCAGGCAGCUCCACAGUCAGCAGCCCACGCCCUUACAUCCUCCAAUCUCUUCUAUGGGGCCCCCAGGUAAGAGUCCCCAAUUCUAUGCUUCGGGUCUGGCUACACAGUCUAGUGUCCCGCUGCACAUCACCCCGUGCGGACGUCAGCAUUGCGGUCUAACGAGGGCGAAUGUAGACCAUUAAGCACGUGAGUCAGGAAGAUCCAAGCACGACUUCCUUCCGAAGCAGUCGAGGUUCCCAGGGGACCCAGGUGUGUCCCCUCCUUCUUCACCUGCCCUCUUAGGACAGUCUCCAGUGCAGCAGAAUGGCCAAGGUCACUCAGGCUCCUCAGCUCUUGUUAAUUUUAUUAAUAAAACUGUGUGUCAAGGAG